AUGCUAAAGUUAGUAAUCGAAGCAGAACAUAAAGAGAAAAUAAGCGAUUUCGAUAUUGUACAACAUUGCUUUACUUUUUUAAUCGGAGGAUAUGAUACUACAGCUUCUAACUUGACCUUCAUAGCAUUUGCUUUAGCUACUAAUCCUGAUGUACAAGAUAAAGUCAUUGAAGAGAUUGAUCAAUAUUGUCCUGAUGAAGAUAAUUUAAACUAUAACGAUAUUCAAAAGUUAGACUACUUAGAAAUGACGAUUAACGAAGCAUUUCGUUACUUCUCAGCUGGCUACAUUAGCCUACGUGAAGCUAAAAGCGAUUGUGUUAUUAACGGCGUACAAUUUCCAAAAGGUGUCGGUAUUGCAAUUGCAGUAAAAGCUAUCCAUGAAGAUCCUGAUAUAUGGGAAAAUCCUGAUAAAUUCGAUCCUCAGCGAUUUUCAGCCGAUCAGAAAUCUAAACGUCAUCCAUGUCACUUUUUACCAUUUAGUGAUGGCCCUCGUAAAUGCAUAGGCAAUAGACUUGGUAUAAUGAAUUUAAAACUAAUUUUAGUACGAUUACUACAACAAGUCAAGUUCGAAGUAGCUAAUCAAACUGAAAAUCCUUUACCGACAGUUGUUGUUUUUACAGCUAUACCAGAAAAUCCAGUAAUAUUAAAAGUCGUACGAAGAGUGUGA